AUUAGGUAUAGUGCGAUCGCGUCUCGUACACCUGGUACACAUCGUAUACCGUACUUCCCGUACUCGACAACUGAUCGUUAAAUUAUGUUUCGUGAUAAUGAAACGUAUUUAUUCAUUUCAUGACUGAACUUUGUUAAAAAGGUUUCUAAAAGCUCGUCUUAUACAGUCCCAAAGAUUGAGGGUCUUUUUUAAUUCAUUAUAUCGCUUAAUAAAAAAUUACUGUAUAAUGUCGGAUGAUGAGGAUUUGACGUACGUCAAGAAAUUGAAAACUGUUCAUUAUGGAUCGCUUGAGGAAGUUGAGCGUGCUAGAUUGGCUGCUGUUGCGGAGUCCUCUGAAGAAGAGAAAGAUGGAACAAAUUUGGGUGACAGCAUUAAUUCAACAACAACUUUGGGAAAUAUUCAUAUAUCUAAUGAAUACAUGGAAUUGGAGGAUGAAAUGUCCAAAGAUAGACAAGCUCUCUUAGAAGAAUUUGAACGUAGAAAAAAAGCUCGGCAGAUUAAUGUGUCUACAGAUGAUUCAGAAGUAAAAAAGAACUUGAGACAAUUAGGGGAACCUAUUUGUUUGUUUGGUGAAGGACCAGCAGAUAGGAGGACAAGAUUAAGAGAAUUAUUGGCCAAUUUAGGCGAAGAUGCAAUUAAAAAGAAACACGAGGAAGAAGAAAAACCUUUGCAUCCAAUUGAAAGGGAUACAGAAACAACAUGGUACCAUGAAGGGCCUGAAUCUCUUCAAAUAGCUCGGUCUUGGAUAGCCACAUAUUCGUUGCCCAGAGCAAAAGCUAGAUUGGAUAAGGCGAGGCAAGAUUUGGAACUGCCUACAGCCACGCGCACGGCCCGUCGUCAGGAACUUCUGAAAAAGUUGCAAGCGUUGACAAUCUAUUGUUCGCAAAUUGGCGAUACUAGGCCGAUCUCGUUCUGUCAGUUCAGCCCGAACUCGAAACUGCUCGCGACAGCUUCAUGGUCAGGCUUAUGUAAACUAUGGUCUGUACCUGACUGUACACUGUUAAGAACACUUAAAGGACACACUUGUAAUGUUAGCUGCAUUGUUUUUCAUCCAAAAGCUACGAUUACCGAAGAAGUGGUAGGAGAGAAAACUGGGCAAACAUGUGUACUGGCAUCCUGUGCUUCCGAUGGAACGGUGAAAUUAUGGAGCGGUGGAUCUGGUGAGGAACCUUUGGCCGAGGUUGAAGGUCAUGAGCCACAUAGAGUCUCGAGACUGGCCUUUCAUCCAUCUGGUCGAUUGCUUGGAACAUGCUGUUAUGAUGCAUCUUGGAGGCUUUGGGAUUUGGAACAGCAAGCAGAAGUUUUACACCAAGAGGGACAUGCCAGAGCUGUACACUGUAUUAGUUUUCAGUGUGACGGUAGCGUAAGCGCCACAGGUGGUCACGACUCCUUCGGCCGAGUUUGGGACCUACGUACAGGUCGAUGCAUUAUGUUUAUGGAAGGCCACUUGAAAUCGAUUUUUGGCAUCGACUUCUCACCGAAUGGUUUCCAUAUAGCUACAGCAAGUGAGGAUAACACUUGCAAGAUAUGGGACUUGCGUAAGAGGUCUUGCAUUUACACUAUACCCGCUCACACGAACUUAUUGUCGGACGUGAAAUACCAAAGGAUAGAAGGUCAGUACCUGGUCACGGCCUCGUACGACAAUACUGCCAAAAUAUGGUCGAACAAAACUUGGCAACCCCUUAAGACGUUACCAGGGCAUGAUGGCAAAGUAAUGUCUGUCGACAUUUCACCCGAUCACAAAUUCAUCGGUACCACGUCUUAUGAUCGAACGUUUAAACUAUGGGCACCGGAAAAUGUAUAACGAUAUUCAAUAGAAUUGAAUAUAGUACAUAAGAAGCUUAUGAAUGAUGCAUACACAAAGAACUGUAGAAUUUUUGUACCAUAAAAAGAAUAAUAAACGUAUAUUCUUUAUUA